AUGGUGACUCAUCUCUACCUAGGUGUGAUAAUCGUGGCUGUUUUUGCAGCCACUGUUGCUGACGCAGAUGUCAAAGUAGUCUGUGAAAAGGACUCAGUAAAAAUCACAUGGAGGAUCGGUGCAGAGCUGGUGCCGAAUGCCGCUCGUCUCUUCCUGGGGAGUUGCAUGGCUUCUCAGCUCAGUAUUCUACCCACUGGGGAGGGGGAGGCUCACUUCAACUAUAAGUUAGCAGACUGCAAGUUUAAGAAAUUGAUGAAAGGGAAACGCCUCAUUUAUCAAAAUGAACUGACUUACAGGCCAAAGGCGAAGGGGAAUCCUCCGUCUUUGAUGCAUCCCAUCGAAUGUGUUUAUAAAAGACCUGAGUCAUGGAUUCCCCAAUUCCUGAUGCCUGGAUCGGGUGUUUCUGAAGGUCGAGGCGAGCUGGUCGUCCACAUGGCGCUCCUCAAUGCGCAAUUAACAGGUAUAGCCAAGACCAACGUCAUCCCUCUGGGCUCUUUCAUGCCAAUAUGGGCAGCAGUGGAGCAGAAGUCCCAUCAACCUCUGCUGCUUCUAAUGGAGGAGUGUGUAGCAGCCACUACACCAGAGUUGCACGAAGGCAGCCAGGUUUACCCAAUCAUUGCCAACAAGGGGUGUCUCUUUGACAGCGUCAGGGGAAACUCUGUGUUCCUCCCUCGAUACCACUCGUCCGCUCUCAUCCUCUACUUGCAGUCCUUCAAGUUGGGUCCUGGAGAGGAGGUGUACAUCCACUGUAAACUGGUUGUAUCGGACCCUGCAGAUCUGGACGAGACCAAGAAGGCCUGUCAGUAUGUAAAAGAAAGUGAAAGCUGGGAGCUGCUCGAUGACCCGCUUCAGAGCUCCCACUGUAGCUGCUGCGAUUCAACCUGCAAGUCCCGUUCCAAAAGAGGAGUUGAAUGGGAAUCACACAGCCAGAGUCACAAUUCAGUGUUGGGACCCCUGGUCAUCGUGGAGCAAAACCGAUCUUCAGAAGACUUGGGUGUAAAAGAUUAA